CAGAGUCACAGUCCCAGUUGUCUCUGCUCGGUGUGUCCGAGGGGGUUGGACAGCUGAUAGCUGUGAGACAACAACACACAGGGUAUUUGUCCUUGAGACAUGACUGCCCGAGGGUUUCCCAUCAUCUAUAUUCCAGCCAGAGACUUUAACGCGUCUGUUUGACACAACAUGUUGGGCGUUCUUGUCAAGGCCGCGCUGCGGCCUGGCGUGGUGAAGCCAUGUCGCUUUUUCAGACCAGUGACACAGAUCCCAGAGAGGUCUCUGGUGCACCAGGAGGGUUUACCUAAGCUGCCCGUGCCAGCCUUGAAGGAGACGUGCGAGCGCUACCUGGCUGUCCUGGAGCCCAUCGUCAGCGAGGAGGAGCUGGAACACACCCGGCAGCUGGUGAAGGAGUUCCUCACGGGCGGUGUUGGAGAAAGGCUGCAGAAAGGCCUGGAGCGGCAGGCGCGCAAGAAAGACAACUGGUUGUCAGAAUGGUGGAUGCAGUCAGCUUAUCUAGACUGCCGUAUGCCGGUGGCGGUCUACACCAGCCCUGGGGUUGUACUGCCUCGCAUGCACUUCCAGGAUCGACAAGGACAGAUGAGGUUUGCGGCCAAACUGAUCGCAGGAGUUUUGGACUUCAAACAAAUGAUUGACACUGAUACACUGCCUGUGGAGUACCUGAGUGGGAAGCCGCUGUGCAUGGACCAGUAUUACCAGAUCCUGUCCUCCUGUCGUGUCCCUGGUCCAAAGAGAGACACUGUUGUAAAUCACAGCAUCGGGAAAACACCUGUCUCUCAUAUCACUGUGGUCCACAACUUCCAGUUCUUUGUCUUGGAUGUGUACCACAGCGAUGGCACCCCGCUGACAAUAGACCAGAUUUACAUGCAGCUGGAGAAGAUCUGGAACUCCUCUUUGCAGACUAACAAGGAGCCUGUUGGCAUCCUCACAUCACAGCACCGCAACACCUGGGGAAAAGCCUAUAAUAAUCUGAUUAAGGAUAAGAUAAAUAAGGAGUCAGUCCGUGCCAUCCAGAAAAGCAUCUUCACAAUUUGCCUGGAUGCCCCGAUGCCGCGGGUGUCAGACGAGCUCUAUCAGAGUCGAGUGGCCGCCCAGAUGCUGCACGGAGGAGGAGCUCGUUGGAACAGCGGCAACCGCUGGUUUGACAAGACAUUACAGUUCAUUGUCGGAGAAGACGGCACAUGUGGACUAGUGUAUGAACACGCACCUGCCGAGGGUCCACCCAUUGUGUUUCUCAUCGAUUUCGUUGUUAAAUUCAUGCAGAAAACUGAAACCAUUCGCUCCCCCAUGUUUCCCCUGCCCAUGCCCCUGAAACUACGUUUUAACAUCACACCUGAGGUCAAGAGAGACAUUGAGAGAGCCAAACAAAAUAUGAACAUAAUGGUGCAUGACUUAGAUGUGAAGGUGCUUAUGUUUUCACAUUUUGGCAAAAAAGUGCCAAAGCAACAUAAGCUGAGUCCAGAUGCCUUCGUGCAAAUGGCUCUCCAACUGGCCUACUUCAGGAUGUAUAAUAUUUGCUGCUCUACCUAUGAGAGCGCAUCGUUACGAAUGUUCAAAUAUGGGCGAACAGAUGCAAUCCGUGCGACUACUGCAGACUCGGUAAAAUUCGUUGAGGCGAUGCAAGACCCAGCCAAACAGAAAACAGAGAGGCUGGCACUGCUGCAGAGGGCCAGUCAGAAGCAUAAGGACAACGCGUACGAUGCAAUUCAUGGACAUGCCAUAGACAGACACCUCCUCGGGCUGAAGAUGCUGAGCAUUGAAGACCUGACCUCCAUGCCUGAGAUUUUCAUGGAUACCUCUUUUGCUGUGGCUCAGCAUUAUAAUCUCUCCACCAGCCAGGUUGGCUCCAAGACAGACUGUGUGAUGUGCUUCGGCCCGAUGGUGCCAGAUGGCUACGGUGUGUGUUACAAUCCCAUGGAUGAGCACAUCAACAUCGCCAUCACGGCCUUCAACAGCUGUGACGAGACGAACGCUGCCAAGUUUGCCCGGGCUGUAGAGGACGCUCUGUUGGAUAUGAGAGCGCUCCUGGAAGACACAGCUACAGCCGAGCAGUGAUCCCAGACACUGGAGCCUGGCACGGCGUUUGCGUCCCGCCGGGGUUGUACGGUACGGGAGCUGGAACUGAACCGGUGCGGCGGAGUCGUUGGCAGAACGCCACGCCGUCAGAGACGCACAAUUUAGCGAGUGUGCUGGCGCUGAGUGGAAACCUGUUAUCAGAGGGUUGUGGGAUGUGCAAUGUGUGAUGAAAAGUAAUUAUUUACGAUGAUAUUUCUAUAUUUUAAUAUAUUGUGUUAUAUAAAAUUUAAAUUAACAUAAUUUGAUUGUAAUAGUAUAAUAAUAUUCUUUGUUUUUACUGGUGCAGCUUUUAGAAUGACACUGUCCUCAUUUGACUUAAAGAUUUUGAGUGCUA